AUGGCCUCGGACAAAGAGGUGGAGAUUGAACGGGGCACCUGGAGCAAGAAGCUGGACUUCAUCCUGUCCUGUGUGGGCUUCUCCGUUGGGCUCGGCAACAUCUGGAGGUUCCCUUACGUGGUCUACAGGAAUGGAGGAGCCACGUUCCUGAUCCCGUACCUCAUCAUGCUGGUCAUCGCUGGCCUGCCGCUGUACUUCAUGGAGCUGGCAGUUGGUCAGUUCGCCUCCGAGGGGCCGGUCACAGUGUGGAAGGUCAGCCCCAUAUUUACAGGUAUAGGGAUCGCCAUGGUUACCAUCAGCACUAUGAUAUGUGUCUAUUAUAACAUCAUCAUAACGUACGCCAUGUACUACUUGUUUGUCUCCCUUGUCAACCUUGACCUUGAGGUACCGUGGGCAACGUGUACGAACACAUGGAAUACGCACACGUGCAGGACAGAGGCGUUUCCAGACCUCACUGGGAUGAACGAGAGCGCCAAGCUUCACAGCAUGUACGAGGAGUUAUACAACAGCACAUGUGUCUCCAUCGUCAGUUCCAACAGUACGUGGCUGCCUCACUUUGACAGCAUCAAUUCCACCAUGCUGUCAGACUCCACGUUCGACUCCUGCAAAUUUGUGUACACCUCCGCCAGCGAGGAAUAUUGGACGCGGUCUGUGCUUCGUCUACACGAAUCGACCGGAAUCCAUGACCUUGGCGACGUCAGCGUUAAGCUCCUGAUCACCCUCAUCCUGGCCUGGAUCCUCAUCUUCUUCUGUCUCCUGAAAGGCAUCAAAUCGUCAGGGAAGGUCGUGUAUUUCACCGCAACAUUCCCUUUCAUCAUCUUACUGAUCCUCCUCAUCCGGGGCCUGACGUUGCCAGGAUACGAGAAGGGUAUACAGUUCUAUGUCGUGCCCAAGCCAGAGAAACUGCGGGAAGCCAGGGUAUGGGGUGAAGCUGCCACACAGAUAUUCUACUCCCUUGGGGUGGGUUUCGGUGCCCUGCCUACCAUGUCGAGCUACAACAAGUUCCACAACAACUGCUACAGGGACGCCAUUGUAGUGGCUGUCAUUAACUGUUCCACCAGCAUAUUCGCUGGAUUCGCCAUCUUCUCUCUGCUGGGUUUUAUGGCGUACACCACGAACCAGGAGAUCGCUGACGUCGUGGACCAAGGCCCAGGUCUGACGUUCAUCGCGUACCCAGAAGGACUUGCUCGACUCCCACAGUCAUCAUUCUGGGCGUUCUUGUUCUUUUUUAUGAUCCUUACAGUAGGCCUUGACAGUCAGUUCGCCAUGAUGGAAGCAGUGAUAAGUGGAGUCUCCGACAUACAUCCCCAGUUCUUCCGGAAGAACAAGGCAGCCUUCACCUUCUUCUGUUGUGCAGUCGGGUUCCUGCUGGGCAUUCCACAGGUCACCACGGGUGGUAUCUAUGUGUUGACGCUGAUGGACUGGUACUGUGGCAACUACAACCUCAUGAUAGUGGCCCUGGCGGAGAUCAUCUGCCUCAUGUAUGUCUAUGGUAUACAGAAGUUUAGGGCUGACAUUGAGAUGAUGAUUGGACACAAGCCUAACGUGUACUGGAUGGCCACGUGGUUCGCCCUAACUCCGGCAACUAUCCUGUUCAUCAUCAUCAUUGCGAGUGUGGAGAACUCUCCUGCCAGGUACGGGGACUACACGUUCCCCCCGUGGGCGCAGGGCGUGGGGUGGGUGAUGGUCAGUCUCCCUGUGCUGCUUAUCAUUAUCGUGGCCAUCGUCCAGAUCAAAAGAUACGGCUUUAAAAACUCUUGGAAGCCUACGUCAGACUGGGGUCCUGCGAAUCCUGAAUAUCGCACAGGGCGUUAUGCCAGGGAUCUUGAUGAUUCCCUCACGACGGGCGUGAAGCGGUCGACAUACGCCAUCUCGAACUCAGUCUAUUCCAUGGAUGAAGACGAAGGCGUAAAGGGAGAUAACCAAGUAAAUCACCCGAACCAAUACAAGAUGAUACAGUGCACGGACACAGUCACUUUCAGGAGUGUUCCUCCGCCCGACUACAGCCCAGAGAGGCUGGCUAGGAUACAAGUACAGAGGCUGUAG